AUGUCCGGCAAUGAGGAAUCUCUGAGCCUCGAGGAGACCAACCGUCUUCGCGCUCAGUUGGGCUUCCCGCUGCUCAAGCCAAGCGACAGCGCCCCGACACCACCGACACCUGCUCCGGCAUCAGGCCCCAGCGAAGAUGAGAUCUCCCGCAUGCGCGAGCGCAUCGAAAGCCAGCGCGCCACGCGAAAGGCCAGUACGGUACCGGCCGUGCCCGCUGGCCCGACCAAGUCUCUGGGCGAGGCCGAUUUCGAUGAGGACGACCCUGCCGACACGUCGUCCUGGAUUUCCAAGCAUCGUCAACGCAUGCGCAAGCGCGCCAGUUCCCGCUACGAUGAGGAGGAUGAUCUGGUUCAGGCCCAGGCCAAAUCCGCCACCGCCGCCGAGCCAGCGGAGGCCUCUCUGGCCGGCUUGCGUGUUGCCCAUGAUCUUGGCAAUCUGGAAACCGGCCGAGAAUACAUCCUCACCUUUGCCGACAAGCAUGUCCUGGACGAGAACUCCGAAGACGAGCUGGAGUCCCUGGAUCUCAGGGAAAACGAGAAGAUCGCCAAGCGCAAGGAGGCCAUUGAGCGCUCGCGCAAGGGCUACACCGCCUAUGACGAUCGCGAGUUCACCGACUCCUACAAGCCUGGCAACAUCCUCGACAAGUAUGACGACAUUGCUGGUGAUGGUGCCGAGCGUAAGGCCUUCUACUUUGACGAGUCCGGCUUCGCCCAGAAAAAUGCUGAGGCCGCCAGCGGGAGGUCGGUCACCGCCGAUGAUGUGGCCCAGCGACUUCGCGCGGCCGAGUCCAUCUCUCUCAAGGCCGUUAAGCAACACCAGCAGUCGGAUUUCGCUCCGGCUGAGGAGGUCGUUCGCUUCAAGAAGACCGCGCGUUCUGCGGCCCGGCGAGCCCCCCGCGUGCCGGUGAGCGACUUAAUUGCCCAGGAGGAAGCCGAGCUCUUCCUUGGCGCGGCAUCAGCCACCGCCGAAAUGCCAGCUGCACCUGCGAGCACGGUCCUCGAUGAGGCCCCGGUCGCAAGUUACUCCAGCAACCGCCGGCGUCUUGACGACACCAACUUUGUGGAUGAUGACGACCUCCAGGCCUCCUUGGCUCGGUCCCGGCGGAAGAAGAUCCGGUCAAACAUUCGCUCACUUGAUGAGUCGAUCCAAGCGGUCCGUGCCACGGCCCCGGACCAGGACCAAGCCAACACCACGGGCGUUACCCUGUCCUUCGCCAGUGAGUUCGCCCGGCAGGUGGUUGCCAACGCCACCGCCGAAGAGGAGGCUCUUUUGGCGGAGGAGGAGGCAGGCGAAGGCGCGGCGGCGGGCCAGGGCCGCGGGGCCACCGUCGGUGAUGCCGAUUCCAGCGACGACGAUGGUGCCGGUGGCGCAUCGAUGCGCGUCUCAACCGGCGCCGAUGACGAUGAGGAGGAGGGCGCCAUUUCCGAUGACCCGGAUUUGCCGCCACGUCCGGACACGGUGAGCUCCCGGCGCGGGGCCCGGCACCGUGCGACCGCGGCCGAACCCCAACCAGCGGCCCUGGAGGUAUUCGAUGAGCCGGUCGUGGCAGCUGGCAUCGCCAGUGCCUUGCGUUUUGUCCAGAAUAAGGGCCAUCUAGAGGCCCCAAUGGCUCCGGGGUCCGAGCGACAGAGCGUUUGGGCGGCGCAGUCGAUGCUGCUAGAGCGCCGGACGGCCGAGCGCCUGCGUCAGCUUCGUGGGUCGAACCAGGCCGCGCGCAACCGCUCGGCCACGGUGUCCGUGGCCACGGCGGCCCUGGAUCGUCCCCGCUCGGAGGAGGCCAUCCAAGCCGAGCGGGCACGCAUUGAGCAUGAGCAUCUGAACCAAGUGACGGCGCUCUACCGGAACUAUGAUCCGACGGUCAACAUUCGCUACACGGAUGCCUUCGGCCGAGAGAUGACUCCGCGUGAGGCCUUCAAGGAGCUGUCGCACAAGUUCCACGGACAUACGUCCAGCAAGAACAAGGCCGAGAAGCAUCUCCGUAAGGUCCGCCAGGAAAUCAGCACUGAUAGUCGGACGGGUGCUGCAUCUGAGGGGCAGAACCUGUCUGUGGCUACUGGAAAGCGCCGGCCUCGGCCAGGGCCGUCCCCGGGCACCCCGCGGUGA